UUCUACGCCCCCUUCCUUUAUUCAGGAAGGCCUAAAUUGGACAUGGGUGAUGGUUCAUAAAAGCCCAUCUCCUGAUCAGGACUGUGCCUUGGCUUCAAUAUUGUAGACCUCCACUAUCAUUUAUCAUCUGCUUUUCUCCUUUUCCAUUCUUUCCAAUUCAACCUCGAUUCUCCAAAUUCACCAAUACAACACCAUGAUUAGCAUUCUUGCACAAGAGCGUCUGCUUGGUACUGCUUUGGGGAUUGCUUUUGUGGGUUUUGUUGUUUUUGAGCAAAGGAAACGCAUCUAUGAAUCCAUUUCUGCUGAUCGUAAUCAAUUGGAUGCCCAAUCUCAGUUGAGAGAGCCUAUAUUCGGAAAGCAAUUUCGCUCGCAGUUUGAACUUAUGUGGAACAAAGCUGUGGAUGAGACAUUUAGACCUGUGGUUGCUUCUCUUAAUUCACAGAGAACCGCACUUCCUCUUUUCCUUCUUAUUCUGGUUGCAUUCAAAGGACUUCCCACGAAAUCCCAUAUUUGCCUGCUCUAAAUAUCAGAAAACCCAAAUAGACUGCACGGACCAAUGAUCAACACUCGUCGCCAAAAUUCCAUGGCAAGUGAUCCUGAAAGCGUUGAAUUCCCUGGUGAACCUCAAAAUGGGAUCAAUGGUCUCACAA